AUGGCUAUCACGAAUUCAAUCAUUGUUCCUGCAUACAAGGAGAAACUAAACAUCAAGCCAUUGACCACUCGGUUGUUCGCUGCACUCGGUAAUGAGGCUUGCAAGACCACGGAAUUAAUCUUCGUUGAUGACAACUCCCAAGAUGGGUCUGUAGAAGAAGUUGAAGCACUCAAGAAAAGUGGCUACAACGUUCGUAUUAUUGUAAGAACCGAUGAACGUGGCCUUUCGUCUGCUGUCCUGCGUGGGUUUCACGAAGCUCAAGGUGAAUACCUUGUCUGUAUGGAUGCAGACUUACAACACCCUCCAGAGAGUGUUCCUCAACUCUUGGAGUCUUUGAGAAGCCAUCCAUUUGCCAUUGGUACUCGUUAUGCUCCUGGGGUCGGUAUCGACAAGGACUGGCCUCUAUAUAGAAGAGUUAUCUCUUCAACUGCCCGUGCCAUGGCUAAACCUCUAACAUCUGCUUCUGACCCCAUGAGCGGUUUCUUUGGGCUACAGAAGAAGUAUCUCACUGACGCAGAUCCUGCAUCGAUUAAUUCGCAAGGUUUUAAGAUCGCGCUCGAACUUCUAGCUAAGCUGCCACUCCCAAGAACAGCCUCAGCUGUGGGUGAAGUGCCAUUCUCAUUCGGUGUGCGUACUGAAGGUGAAUCUAAGCUCUCGGGUAAAGUUGUCGUGCAAUACUUGGUGCAAUUAAAGGAAUUGUACUGUUUCCGCUACGGAGCCAAUAACCUAGUGCUGUUUGUUGUCUUCUGGGCUAUCCUAGUCAUUUACGCCCUAUACCAACUCUACAGCCUCGUAUUCUAG